UGCCAUUCUGGUGAAACGUUGAUCGUGUAAGUUUGAUUGCGCACACAUCCAUACAUAUCUUGAUUUUGAUGUAAAAGAAGGUAGUGCUCACGAAUGUGAAAAAUAACGCUAUAAAUAUACAUAUAAACACACACACGUACAUAGGCACAUACAUUUGUGAGGAACAUCAUAAGUUGGCGAUCUCUUAUUUGUGUUUUUAUGGUGAAACAACCAAAACAAGAAAAAACACAGCACAAUGUCUCUUGAUGAGAAAUUCAAUGCCGCUGCUGAGAAGGUAAAAACCUUUACCAAACGCCCCACCGACGAGGAGCUGCUGCAGUUGUAUGCGCUAUUUAAACAGGCUACUGUCGGCGAUAAUAAUACUGCCAAGCCAGGUAUGCUCGACUUGAAGGGUAAGGCCAAGUGGGAAUGGUGGAACAAGCAGAAGGGCAAAUCGCAGGAUGCAGCCAAGCAGGAAUAUAUUGAAUAUGUGGAGAAGUUGUCGACGUCAUAUCUGUAAUAGAAAUAAUAGUGAUUUUUUUCAUUUCAAUUAUUAUAACAACAUACUGAAUUAUUGUGUUUAGUGGUUUUUGUAAAUUUGUCUUAUUUUAAUAUACAUUUUUAACUACAAAAA